AUGAACGGCGCGAGCUACACGUACAUGGAGCCGGCAGAGCUGGUGGCCCUCCUCGACAGUAAUAAUAAUAAUAGUGAUAAUAAUAAUACUAACAAUAAUGUUGAGAAGGUGGCGGUGGUGGAUUGCCGAGAUGAGGACCGGCGGGCGGGGCACAUUUGCCGCUCGCUGCACUUCCCGGCGGCGGCCCUCUCGACGCCGCGGCUGGUGGCGCUGGCGGAGCGGCUGCAGCGGGACGGCGUGGCGGUGGCGGUCUUCCACUGCGCCCUCUCGCAGGUGCGGGGGCCGCGCGCGGCGGGGCGGUUUGCGGCGACGCUGCGGGAUUUGGGGCUGAGCGGCCCGCGGGUGUGUGUGCUGCGCGGCGGCUGGGAGGUCUUCCACGCCGUCUACCACGACACCAGGGCCGAUCUCAUCAGCUACAAGUACGAGGAGGGGGAGGAGGAAGACUAA